AUGUCCCAUUUCCGGGUCAUUGAGCAUACAGUCCGGGCCCAUCAUAUCCGAGAGCGCCUGGGCGCUGUCAAACCGGGCCAUGAAAACGAGCUGAGACUAGCCGUGAAGCAGUAUAUUCCGCUUGACAAUCCAGAUCCGAAAGAUGGUGAUGUCACCAUUAUCGGGACACAUGCGAAUGGCUUCCCGAAAGAACUUUAUGAGCCUCUCUGGGAGGAUUUGUAUCAGCGGCUGCAGAGCCAUAAUCGCCGAAUAAGGUCAAUCUGGAUCGCAGAUGUCGCACAGCAGGGGCAAAGUGGAGUGUUGAAUGAGACAAUCCUCGGGGACGAUCCCGACUGGCACGACCACGCUCGUGACCUCUUUUCCAUGAUCAACCAUUUCCAAGAUCAGAUCCCGCAACCUGUCGUAGGGGUCGGACACAGCAUGGGAGCAAUGCAACUAGCGCAUUUGUCCCUAAUGCAUCCAACCCUAUUCAGCGCAUUGGUGUUGGUCGACCCCACAAUCCAGCGUUCAAACCCGGGGACGAAAUUCGCGCAGGCUUCCACGUACAGGCGAGACAUAUGGCCGUCUCGCGCGGAGGCUGUGGAGAAGUUCAAGACAAGUCCGUUCUAUCAAGCAUGGGAUGAGAGGGUCUUUGAGAAGUGGACGCAGUAUGGCCUUCGCGAACUCCCGACGACGCUGUAUCCUGUAACGGAGCAGAACGGACCGAACGCCGUGACUUUGACGACGACGAAGGCUCAAGAACUGUUUUAUUAUGUCCGUCCCUCGUAUAUUGACGAGCGCUCUGGCCUUGCACUUGGGAAUCCCAAGGAGGAUAUGCACCCCGACGAUAUCGACGAAGACAGUCCCUCCUAUCGCCCUGAGCCGGCACUGAUGUUCCGUCGAUUACCGGAUCUCAAGCCCCCAGUCUUGUAUCUCUUCGGCGAAAAGUCUGAGCUUUCAACUCCAGAUGCGCGGAGGGAGAAGAUGGAGAGCACGGGGACGGGUGUCUGUGGGAGCGGUGGUGUAAAGGCUGGUGCUGUGGAAGAGUUUGUUCUGCCGGCUGGCCAUCUGGUUCCGAUGGAGCUUGUGCGGGAGAGCGCAGAUGCCGCUGGAGACUUUAUUCACUCGAGGGUUGCUGAGUGGCAGAGAAAGGUGAGGAAGCAUCGAGAGGCAUGGAAGGGCGUUCCACAUGAAGAGAGGAUUCGGGUCGACGAGCAGUGGGAGAAACAUAUCGGGGGUUCUAAACGGUCCAAGCUCUGA